UAACCAAAAAAGAAUUAUUUUUGGGGGCGAUCAAAAUGGACAACGAGCGUGCAUUUUGGACACCAUUAGAAUAACCCAACAAAAAAAAAAAUAUUACCAGAGAAAAAAGAAUCUUAGGCUAGGGGAAUUGACAAAAUUCUCAUUUUUGGCGUGAAUUGGCAUAACUAAAAGCACAAUUUCAGCUGGAAAUUGGCCAAAAUCAAGCGAAGGGAUUGGAAUUUUUUUCCAAGAAUUCUCAGUUCAGCCAUUAAUGGCGACCCAUCUCUCAAUUCUCUGCGUACUUUUACUUGUAAUUGCUUUUGGUGGCUCGUUAGUACAAGGUAGCCGGAAGGAGUUAACGACGAAGGAAAUGAACCUAGACAUAAUAAUCCAAGGGGACCGCCCGAUGCAAUCUAGAACUGUUGACCCAUCACAAGUUAUCCAACUCUCGUGGCAACCAAGGAUCUUCCUAUAUAGGGGCUUUCUAUCAGAGGAGGAGUGUGACCAUCUGAUUUCUUUGGGCAAGAAGGUUGACAUGAAUAUGGUGUCUGCCAGUUCUAGUAUUUCUUUGGAUACGAAGGAUGAAAUCAUUGCAAGAAUUGAGGAAAGAAUUUCUGCUUGGACUUUUCUUCCUAAAGAGUAUGGCAAACCGUUACGCGUGCUACAUUUUGGGUUUGAAGACUCAAAACGGAACUAUAACUAUUUUGAUAACAAAUCCACACUGCUACUUGGUGAACCUUUAUUGGCAACAGUUGUUUUGUAUCUCUAACACAGGGUUCAGGGUGGUCAGAUAUUAUUUCCUGAGUCAGAGAAAAAAAUGUGGUCCGACUGUACAAAGAGUAUCGACAUUCUAAAACCUACUAAAGGGAAUGCAAUUGUAUUCUUCAACCUGCAUCUUAACGCUACUCCUGACAAAAGUAGUUCACAUGCGAGAUGCCCAGUCAAGGGUGAAAUGUGGUGCGCCACCAAAACUUUCCAUCUUAAAGGAACUAGCAGGGAGAAUGAUUCUAUGCAAUCUGGUGUUGAUUGUACAGAUGAAGAUGAAAAUUGUCCUCAUUGGGCUUCGUUGGGGGAGUGUCAAAGGAAUUCUAUUUUUAUGAUUGGUUCGCCUGAUUACUAUGGAACAUGUAGGAAGAGUUGUAAUGCUUGCUGAUUUCUAAGUAGGGUUGAGCUUGAAAGCUUUCCAUGGCCAGCAAAUAUGCCUCACUCUGUGGCGAUUGCUAUCCUUCUUUUCUGCCUCUUUUAAUUGCCUUGUUAGCUCCUCGAUCCUUUCAUGGUUGCCAGCAGCCCUUCUGUCCGCCAGCCAGAGGGAUCGUUCAGCCGUUUCUUGAGCAGAAACUGCGGCAGCAACUAGGCCGUCUUUCAGCUUUAUCUUCCAGUUUGAUUUGUCUAAAGCAGCCCUUGUUUUUUCUAGUUCUUUCUUCAGAAUGUUAACCUAAUAGGUGAUAGACGAUGAACGUUGAAGACAAGAUUUAAAGUUUUAAGCUUUUAGAUGUAAUAGUAUAUCAAGGUGCAAAGAAAACAAGUGUUUUGAGUAAAGUUUGAUGAAAAGUGUAUAUGAAAGUGCGUAAAAGUAGGUUAUUGAAGACAAAAUUGAUUUGAUAAAAGUUUUGUCAUAUACACAUUACCAGUC